AUGGAUGAUAGAAAUGACAUACAUCAUGAACGUCCAGAUUCUCUUGAUAAUUUAGAAUACGCUUUCCAUGCAUUGAAUAAAAACUCAGAAAGUUUGGUUACAGAUUAUACCCCGUUUUACGGGAAACCGAGUUCUAUGAAAUCCACGAAUAUGCCUGGGGUUGGGGUUACCGAAGAAACGCGCCCAGGCAACUGUGAAAAUUUCACGCUGUUUGCACGGUUCUUAGAUGAGGAAAUUAGUAUUUUGGGCCAUCGAGUAAAGCUAGCAAAGCAAAGAGAAUACAGAGCCGCGAGAAUUUUCGAAAAGGCUUUGAUGAAAAGAUUAGAAAGAACAAGAGUGGCAAAUUAA